UCUCUUGGGUCAUUGUGAUAAUAGUUUAAUUUCCACACUGUCAUUGUCCAUCAUAAUCAUACAUACUGAGAGGGACAUACAUAGAGCUUUCCUGAGAAGACCACUGUGCUGAGGCAGCCGAAAAUGGCCUAACGGUGAUGAACAAAGAGCAGUGACCAGCAUCACCAGGUCUCUGUCACAAUAGUCCUAGAAACAAAGAGCCUGCUUUCCAGAAGGCCUGAGCACAAUAAAGAGCCAUGCACUCUUAGCUGUUGCUGUUUAGCUGAAGGGAGGUCAGUGGAUAUUUACGCUUGCAUUGUGGUCAUGUCUAUGGACUGAUAGUGGCCUGUCACUUAAAAAGCAUCAGGACAGGAAUGCCUCUGCCACGACGCCGAUCCUCCUUCCUGGGCCAGGCUGCUUCUGAGCGGCCCGGCGGUGUGGGCCACAUGAGUGCAGCAGGCACCUCUGCGCCUCGGGGAGUGUUUGUAGGCAUGGCUCCCACCGGAGGAACCAGCAGCCUGGGUGCACGUGUGUCCCGCAGAGCUCUGGGCAUCAACAGUGUGUUUUUGCAUUGCCUUAGAAGCACCAGUGUUCCUGUGGUGACCCAGCCCAGAGAUCAAGGCCACCAGUUUGGCUUCGACAGCCUCAAUACAUGCCUCCUGGAGUACCGUGAUAAAGUUCACGCUCUGGAGCAACUCAACCAACAGCUGGAGGAACAGAUCAGACACUGCUUGGAUCGGAAAGCCGUCAGUGCCGGGACAUGGACUGGCCUGAAACAAGACUGGGAGGAUGUUUAUGUGCAGGUCAGUGAGGCUAUCUUGGACAACGCUCGACUUAUGCUCCAGACUGAGAAUGUUCAAGCCAAUGCAGAGGACUUUAAAGACAGGUAUGAGAAUGAGCAACCGUUCCGUAAAGCAGUGGAAGAGGAAAUUAACUCUCUGUACAAAGUCAUUGAUGACGCAAACCUGACCAGGAUGGACCUGGAGAAUGAGAUUGAGAGUAUGAAGAAUGAGCUGAUGAAUCUGGAGCAAAAUCACAUUGAGGAUGUUAAAGUGCUCUACAAGCAGUUAUCCGGCCGUGAGGUUGAUGAGCCAGAUGCUCCCACUGAGAGCAGCCUGGACCAGAUUCUAGCUUUCAUCCGCUCCCACUGGGAGAAGGUCAUUGAGAAGAACCGUGCUGAGACUGAUGCCUACCUUGAGUGCAAGCAAGCUGACAGUGUGAAGAGUAAGCUGAGUCGAGAGGAGGAGGAGCUUGAGAGUCUGAAGACUGAGUGCAAUGAUGCUGGGUGCAAGAUUCAGAGUCUGCAGGCCGAAACCGAAUCUAUAAGAGCUCUGAAACGAGGCCUGGAGAAUGCUCUCAACGACGCCAAGCACUGGCAUGACAUUGAGCUCCAAAACCUGGGCUCCGUUGUCAGAAAGCUGGAGGCUGAACUCAACGAUGUCCGUGGCGACAUCGAGCAGCAGCGCCGUGACUAUGAAACCUUACUCGACAAUAAGAUGAAGCUGGAGACUGAGAUCGGAACAUAUCAUGGAAUCCUGGACGGAGAGGAAAGCAGAUUCUACUCUUCAACGUUCCACAGUGGUUCUUCAGUCCCUGAGGGACGAACUGAGCCCACAUCUGGACCACAAAGCAGUCAGCAGACAGAAGGUUCUAAUGCUCCCGGUGCUCCAGAAGAAAGCAAGCUGGAAUGAUAUAUUUGAUUCAUCUUUGCAGAAAGCUUGAUUUUCAUUUGUUUCUCUUCACUCGUAAUCUAUAGACUACAUGAUUACUGUGCAGGUUAGAAAUA